AUGGCGCUGGCAAGCCGGUGGAGGUUCCGACUCCCAAUUCCCUGCUUCCUGGUGGUGGUUGUGCUUGGUUGUUCCAUUUCUUUUCUCGGCACUUCGUCGCUGUCGGAUGCGCCCUCCCUGUUCCUCGGCGUCGCACCGCAAGGUAUUGCUGUCCUUCAUUCGAUAUUUUCCUACACGUGUAGCGACCUCAGAAUCUGAAUCAGAAGACUUCUACUGACUGAUUGACAGUGUGGUGGCACGAGUUCCUCUUUUUUCUCCAAUUUUAUACUUUUCUAGCUCGCAGACGAAGAGUACUUCGCUGCGGAGCGGAUCGCGUGCAGGGACGGUUCGAAAUCCUUCCGGAGAGACCGUCUCAACGAUGGAUUCUGCGACUGCCCCGACGGAACUGACGAACCAGGUAGAAAAAAAUCGUACUCAUUUGUGAUGCUGUUGCAUAUCAUGAUCUCCACUACAAUGUCUCUGGAUUUGAGAGCUCCACGCCUCACAUUCCGUUUCGUAACUUUGUCUUGUCUUGGCAUAUGGUGUUAUCAGCCUGAUUCGCUGAGGUUCCAAGAGUAAUUUCAGUUUGUCGUAUAUUUAUUCGCGAUCUUGUGAGCCUUCUGCCCUCUAGUAAUCAUUUUGCCGUGCUACGAUCUCUCUUUAGUUCCCAUUCCUAAGCAUUCAUCAGCGUUAGUGCUCGGAAAGUUCACUCGCAUAGAAUCAAGGAGGAAGUUACAUUGACGGACCUUCGUCCUCCUUUUCGAGGAGGAAGUAGCUACAAUCCUUUCGUCGAGAAUCGUAUGGGGGUGAAGAUCGGUUAGAUAAAUCCAACAGUGGAGUUAUGAUAAAGUUUUUUAGAGAUACCCAGGAAAUAUUCUCUCGGGGGACCUGAGACUGGGAAAGAAGAAUAUGAACCUUUUAGUAAACAUUGGCGUGAUCACUGUUGUUGUUCAUCUUACAAUUAAAAGGAUUAUGUGGUUCUUGAACUGCGAAAUGUUGUAUGAAGAUAUCUCAUAUCACGUUUUGUUCUGGAGCCCAUGUGAGAUGAUAACAACUUACACCUUCUGAGUUUCUUUUGGGAAAUUGUAUUGAGUCUUUAAAGAGUUACUUUGUUUUAGAAGCCUUGAGCUACGAUGUGCAUCCCAGGCUUUAAAGUUUAUCAAAGUGCUUCUUGGACAGUUGUCUGUUUUGAUGCUAUUCUCCGGAGAGACUUAACUUGCUGUUUCAAGUGACAAAAAAUUCAAUAUCUUUAAAAAAUUGAAUCCGUUAUAUGAAGUUUUCAAUUUUCUUUAUACUUAAUGAAUUGAAUAUACAUUUUUUCAAUCAAACUUUUCAAAUGGAACAUUUUUCGUGUGAAUUUAUAUUUAGAAUUAUAUUUUAUUUCUCAUGUCGUUGAAUUUUCUAAACUAACACCGCGUCCUACGGUUCACACCUCUAGUCUUAACGGUUAGUGUUCACCUUAAUCAGGGUCUUAACACCUCCCUUACGCCUUAUCCCUGUUUAACAUUUCAGGUACUUCAGCUUGCCCCGAAGGCAGAUUCUACUGCAAAAAUGUUGGAGACAAGCCUAUAUUGUUGUUUUCGUCCCGAGUGAAUGAUCAUAUUUGUGGUAAGAAAUUUGUAUACGAUUGACUAUCCUUCUAUUUAAUAUUUGUGGUAAGCCUAUAAGUUCUGGUAUCCUGGAUGAAUUCAUUCUAACCAUGUUUACAUCGUGUGUAACUGCAACAUUCUAUUUAAUAAACAUAUUUUUUCUUUGAAAGUUUGUAUCAAGAAAUUUAUGUGGCAUUGUCUGUCAAAAUUAUUCUAUGGGCACCAUGUUUUUUUCGUCUAGAAUCUCACUCAACCUUUCAUCUCUAUUCUAGAUUGCUGUGAUGGCAGUGAUGAAAAUGAUGGCAGCAUCACCUGUCCAAACACAUGCUCCCUGGAUGCAGAUAUCAUCAAACAAAGUGCCACUCAUGACUUAAAAGGGAGAAAAAUGACACAAAAUGACUCUGGAGUAUAUAGAAAAAGAGUCAAUUUGGAUGAUCUUAUUCUGAGACAGACAGGUGGAACAAAUAUAUACCUGGUUUUUAAGAUACCGUUGACAAAGCUUUCCUUCGAAUUUUAAAGGUAUCGUCUUUUUUAUUUGCAGAAUUGAGAGUAGCUGCAUUUGUGGAAUUCUUCCUCGCUGUUUGUGGGAUUACAUUUUGCUUCAUUCGUCAGCGCAAUAAAUCAAGGACGAGAAACCGUAGGCAGAGGAGCUAG